AUGGCAACGGCGACAACGAGGGCGAGGGUGAGGGUGAGAGAGGGCGAGGGCGACGCUGAAGGCGAGAGCGAGGGCGAGGCUGAGGGCGAUAGGAGGGGCGAGGCUGAAGGCGAGGGCGAGGACGAGGACGAGGCUGAAGGCGAGGGCGACGAAGAGGGCGACGGCGAGGGAGAGGGAGAGGGAAAGGGAGAGGGCGAGGCUGAAGGCGAGGGCGACGAAGAGGGCGACGGCGAGGGAGAGGGAGAGGGAAAGGGAGAGGGCGAG